AUGCUAGCAGAACGGAGAGGUUUCGGUGAUUUCCAAAAACAAAUGACUGCUAUCAAAAAUAACAUGAGCAUAUCGUCAGCGGAAGCAGAGCAGAGAGAGUACCAAUUAAAACGUCAGUACUACACCACAUACCCAUCUGCUAGACGGUUAUUCGAUGAUGAUGAUGACGAUGUUUUUGAUGAUGAUGACGUUUUUGAUGAUGACUAA